AUGCCUCCAAAAGCCAAAAAGGGGAAAAAAGAGAAAACUCCCAAAGGACCACCGGAAAAAGUUUAUGAAUUCAUUACCCUCGAUGAAGUGAAGGCCAGGGAGCAAAAAUAUUCUAAUCGCCUAAAUGAUUUGAGGAUAUGUUUGAAUUUCAUUGAUGAGGCCCUCGUACAGGUGGAAAAAUUAAAUGAACUACAAUUGAUUGCCGAUAAAUGGCAAAAUUUUGUGACCUGCAAUCCAUUGCCGAAACCCUAUUUACCACCAGAUUUGCGAAUAUUUUUCACCAAAUUAAAAUUUUUCGAAGAAAAAAAUCUAGAGGCCAAUAUCGAUUGGCCUUUGGCGGUGGAUGAUCGCAGUAUUUUGGCUCAAAAUAUAUUUCGUAAAAAUCUGACACGUUCGCAUUUGAGUAAUCAAAUAAAACCGGAAUUUGGUCGGGAAUAUAAUUAUUAUAUUAAUGAUUGCCUGGCGGUUAUCCAACGCAUUGAAUAUUUUCUCGAUAAUGAUGUAGAAGUGGCCAAAUGUCCUCUGGCAAAUUUAGAAGAUAUCAAGGAAUUGAAGUUCCGUGUGCAAGAUGAAAUUUUAGAAUUUUUUAAUCGUUAUGCAUAUCGUAUUUUGUGUUCCGAGGAGGCCUACAUGAUUGAACCACGCUUAGUGGCAAAUUUCCACGAAAUCCAACUACAUCUGCAUAUCCCCUCCACCAUGUUAUAUGAAAAUCUGACAAUACGAGCCCUGCACAUGAAUUUCGAUCAUUUGAGUGAAAAAGCCAAAAGCUAUUCCCAAAUCAUCUCCAUCCCUGUGGAUAAUUUAAAUGCCGGUAUUCAGAAUCUGUAUGAAUGUCUCAUCAAUGAAUGGUUAAUGCAAUUGGAUUUACAAACCCGAAUACGGCAAGAACUUCUACAAAAACGUUUGGAUUAUGAAGAACAAAUGCGGCAAUAUGAAGAAGAACAGGCCAAGAAGAAAGGUAAAAAACAAAAAGCGGAAGGGGAUGGUAAAAAAUCGAAGAAAUCAAAAAUAACAAAACCCACCAAAGAACCUCCGAUUAUUGGGCCGGAUAUGGUGCCCGACAUUUAUCCCGAUUUCUUGGAGGAGGAACAAAAGCAAUACGAAUCAUUUAUCAAUAUGAUUUAUAAUCCGGAGACUCUUGAUUUGGAUAGUGAUGAGAUAAAUCUGAAAAAGUUCUUCAUAUUGGGCGGUGUCUAUCAAUUGUACUAUGUCCAUAAACCCCAACAUGUGGAUUUGGAUUUUGAUCGCUUCAAUAUGACCUGGCAUUAUAAUGAUGGCAAAUUGAAAAUUGAUCAGGAGCUAUUUAUACCACCCACAUCCCGAUUUAUGGGAAGGCGUACCACACGCCUAAUGAGCCACUUGAGUCUGAGUCGCAUGUCCAAAUUAGAUAGAAAUGUCAAUGAAUCAAAGUCAUCCACUGAUCCCGAAUCUCCUUGGUUUGUUUUGACCUUCAAAUUACCCGAAUAUCUGUGUCACUGGGGUGAACCGCUAGCUUGUCAUUAUGAAACGACAGAAAAAGUUGUCGAGGAAAAGGAAGAAAUCAUUCCCACUACCAUGCCAACAUCACCGAAGAAAUCCAAAGGUCUCAGACGACUACCUUCCAAAGUUUCAUUGUCUGGGAUCCCAACCCAUCCAGUGGUGGAACAUUUUCCCCUCAAUCGUCCCUAUGCCAGCGAGGCAGGGAAUUCCAUGUUCAAACUACGCCGCCUCAGUGCCUCACAACGUUUCUCACAGGGUAACUUUUUUCAAUCCUCCUUGUCUUUACGCAUUAGCCAGGCCGAUAUACCGCGCAAGGCCCGCAGCUCCGAUGGUACCUUAAAUGUUGAUGAUUUCUAUUUAUUCCGGAAUUUGAAUAAAUCACAAGCUCGAAAUUUGGAAAGGCAUUGUGUGCCGCGUAUUAUUUCCUCUUUGAAAUUUCCCAAAGAAUUACAUGAAGAAGAGCUCGAAGCCUUUCGCAAGAAACCCAAAAGCAAAGGUGGAACUUUACUUCGGAAACAUCAUGGAACGCAUGACGAGGAUAUGGUUCAGAAACAAAACCUUAAAAAAGUGUUCUCCUACAAUGAUAUGCAAAAUAAUCCGGAACGUUUGCAUGCCGUUUAUCCCAAAGAAGAAUUGGUACGAAUUGCCAGAUACCUUCCGGAAAACGACAGUGAAGAGACUGAAGAUCACAAAUCUCCCAAAACUUUUCUUGAAUUGCUGAGACUAUUCAAUACCAUCAAAUCGAAAUAUAAAAGCCGACCCCGCCUUAUUUUGGAUUUGAAGUCCAUCAAAUCCAAAACCAAAUGGCAAAAUAAACGCUUGAAACAAUUUUUCAAAAAAUAUGACCGUCCUACACUGCAGACUUCAAUAAGUAUGGAAAGGAAUAUUGGAAGGACGCCUAAACGUGUUGCAACUCCCAAAACUAAAGGUGACAUUUUAAAACCUGAUAUUGAACGCGAUUUACGCCGUGAAACAAGUAAAGUCCAAAUUGUAGAACCUUCCCAAAUCACAGAUCCCCAAGAGAUUUCAGUUUUCGAUGUUAGUUCCGAAUCUCAGUUGAAGGUGGACAAAUUUGGCAAAAAAGAACCAAAGAAAAUCCAAUAUUCUCAUUGGACCACAAAAUAUAUUCUGCAAUCGGAUUAUGAUAAAGAGCAAAGAACGAUGACCAUACAAACUGAUCGGUUGG